CCGGUUUCGAGGGCGGGGCUUGUUUUGUGCGUACGUAGACAUCUCUCAGCAGAGCUAGAGGAGAGUUAGAGCUCUUUUGUCUUUGGGCUUUAUUUUAUAUCGUUUUCUAUCAUUUAGAUCCUAAUUUACAUUAAUACUGCAAAUAUGGUGGCGAAACAGAGGAUACGAAUGGCGAAUGAGAAGCACAGCAAAAACAUCACACAACGAGGAAACGUGGCCAAAUCAACAAGAGGAGCUCCAGAGGAGAAGGCCGCAGUAGGACCCUGGCUCCUGGCUUUAUUCGUCUUUGUAGUCUGUGGAUCAGCCAUUUUCCAGAUCAUUCAGAGUAUCCGAAUGGGGAUGUAAGAAGACAACCUGACCACCAUCAUCAUCAUCAUCAUCAUCAUCAUCACUUAUUCUUCUCUUCUCUUUUCUCACUCUGCUGGCAAGGAAAAUGAUCAACUCUCAGCUCUUCAAGUCUUAUUUAAAAUAUCCAUAGCUGUCGCCACAAUACUCUGAGCUCCUCAUGUGCCUUACAGAAAUGCUGGAGGAAUGAAAAUUGUAAGAGGAAAAAUCUAAGCCAUAUCUUACAAAACAUUCCAGUCUGCUGCUGGAACACCAUUCUUAUUAUUGCAAACCUUUUGUAACUUUUACUACAGUGAUUCAUCAUAGAGAUGUUCUUUCUCUCUCUCCUUAAAAAAAAAAAAAUAGACAACAUGAAAUGUUUUAACUUGGAGAGGUGCUAAAAUGUCAGAUCUCAAUUUAGGUCAGAGUAACUUAGUAUAGUUAAGAGAGUUGUCCUGAACUGUAAUACAGUGGAAUGUGGAGCUAUGCGUCUUUUCACAUUCCUGCCAGUGUUUAUUGCUCUUCAGGACUCUUAUUUUGACCUUUUUGUUAGCUGAAAUAAAUGAAGGUCUUUAAAGUCAGGUUUAUGUAUUGGACAGCAGCAAUUUGUAAAAUUAUGUAUUUUUUUGCUUUCCACAUGAAUGAUCUUUAACAAUAAAAAGUAAAAUUGAAA